GGGAGGCGGGAGAGGAAGGGGGUGCGAGGUGGGCCCCACACCGUGAGCCUGGCCCCAGCCCAGGGCGCCAGGGCUUCAUGGAGCCGCCGUCCAGCUGCGUGGUGGUGACCGGUUUUGGGCCCUUCCGGCAGCACCUGGUGAAUUCUAGCUGGGAGGCAGUGAAGGAGCUCGCCAAGCUGGGCCUGGGGACCCGCCCAGAGUUAGAGCUUCACAUUUCCCAGCUGCCCGUGGAUUACAGGGAGGCGGAGCGGAGGGUCGCCAGCAUCUGGGAAGAUUUGCACCCACAGCUUGCCGUGCACGUGGGUAUGGACAGCUCUGCCAAGGUGAUCUUUCUGGAACAGUAUGGAAAGAACCGAGGCUACAGAGAUGCUGACAUCCGGGGCUUCCGGCCGGAAGAUGAUACGUCUGCGAUUACAUCUACUACUCGUCCCUCCAUCACGGAAAUGGGCACGCAGUCCUGGUCCACGUCCCUCCGCUCUCCCGUGGGCUCCCAGCCAGCCUGCUGGGGAAAGCCUUGCAAGUCAUUAUCCAGAAAAUGCUGGAAGAGAAUGGGGAAAGCCCAAGCUCCAAGCCCAGUCAGCGGAAAAGUGGAAGCACAGGGAUUGCAGCCAAACGGAACCAAUUGCAGGAAAGUCUCCUUUAGGGGAAAGGAAGUGAUUCCAUCCUGUGGGCAGAACUUGGGCUGUGAGAAGCUUUGGAAGAAUUGCUUAUAACACUGUUUACGUGGAGGGGAAAUUAUACUUCUUUUCCUUUCUGAAUUAGCCCAAGAAAAAUCACAAAGUUAUUUUAUGGAAAGAAGAACUCUUUACAAGGCAGAUAGGUUGUACCAAAAAAAUUAGCUUAAGCCCAGUGCUCAUGUCUAACACCUGUCAUCCUAGCCCCACAAGGAGGCUGAGGU